CACAAGCGUCCUAUGAGGACAUAUACAGGGACUUGUUGAUGGCUGGUUACCCAAGAGAUGAAUGUUUUCGAGUGGUUUGCGGCUUAGAUAAGUACCGAAUGCGUACCGCAGUAACCCUCCACCAGCUUGCGAUUUUUCUCAGCAGAAGAACUGCUCUUGAUCUUGAAGAUGCUCAACGGAGAAACCCAUCACCAGAAGAUCCCCUUCCUGAUGUACCUCUUGCUCCUGUUGGUGGUCGCCGACCAAAGAAGAAAUAUAGGAAGAUGUUGACAAACAAGCAAAGGUGGCAAGUUUAUCAAGAGUUACUUAAAGACAGUAACUCUGGUGGUUUAAAGAAAAGAAGCACCGCUGAUGUAGCAAGAAAACUUGGACAUGGUUUAAGGCAAGUUCAAGAAGUAUGGAGAUUAGUAAAGGUCUGCAUAAGAGAAGGAAGAGAGGUGGAUGUUAGUCACAGGAAAACCAAAAAUUGUGGGCGCAAGAGAAUUGUAGCUCCGCUUGAGCAAGUACGCUCAAUUCCUAAAAGGAAAAGGCAAACAUUGCGUGCACUGUGUCAUGCGAUCCAUAUGAGCAAGACCACACUUUUCAUGAGGUUUAAGCAAGGUUACUUGAGGCGGCAUUCCAAUAGUUUGAAGCCAGUGCUGAAAGAUCGUAACAAGAAAGAAAGAUUGAGGUUUUGCACAAGCAUGAUUGAUCAGAACACUAUCCAUACUGGUCCGCAGUUUGUUGAUAUGGAGAAUAUUGUACAUCUUGAUGAAAAAUGGUUCAACAUGACUAAAAACAACGUUUCCUACCGUAAGAUGCAGACUAUAUGCGAACAAAAAACGGACCCAGGAUGUAGAAUAAAACAGAACGGAGGGAGUAGCUAG